AUGCGUCCAAAUACAGUGUGCUUGGGAUUUUAUGAUGAUAAGCCGUCAAUCGAUGUUUUAGCUAGGAUUUGGAAAGAACGUAAAGUAAAAAAAUUCAGUUCAUGGCCAAAUCAUAUUCAUUCAUAUAAUUCCACGGAAUUAAUCAUUAAUAAUAAUGAUGCUCAAACGACAAAUGCUUAUUUAAGCAGCAGUGAACUAUUAGCUAAUUUCGGUUCAAUUCCGAAUCCGGAUUCAAAUUCUAUUUUUGUCAAUCAGAAUAAUACAGAUAAUCAAUUUUAUGGUGACCAUCGUUCUGGUCGUCUUACCUCUCAGGAAUAUGUCAGCAUUAUUCGAGAAAUUCUCAAUAUGGAGACCAAUGUUGUACUUGCUCGAAAUUUCGACAGAGUAAUUUUUGAUGAAGGUAUGUCUGGUUGGGAUGCAACUCGACGCUAUUUCCGUAAUAUUUUUCAUACAAAUAACCGUUCACAACGGUUAAAUUCAAAUUGCAAUAAUGGUUAUAAUGCAGGUACAGUGAUGGAUGUUACUAAUUCAAUGUCUGAGAUUAAUCCAUAUAUAGUAGACACUUCAAAAGUUAUAUUCUUUGAUAUAUGGCCAAUUAAUCUUCUUGGAUUUUAUGGUGAGAAUUUAAAUCUACCAUCAUCUUCAUCACACGAAGAAAUUUACAAGCAAGUGAUUGAUCGUACUGGUCUUUUCCUCUUACAACUUGCCUGUUUAGUCGCUAGAUCACCCUAUUGGCGUAAACGUCGUCAUCCACCAAAACUACGUGCAUUUUUUCCACAGUUACGUACAAUGAAUCCAUCUAAUGGAGAGGUUGUUACCGUAUCUGACAAAGCACGUUCUCAAUUAUCAACUUUGUUGAAAAAUUUACGAAUUCCUGCAGAAAUACAUCUGGUUGAUAUGGAUAGUUCAAUGAUGAAAAAAAAAUCAAUGUUGAAAAAUAUUGAUGAUAAUAUUAAUAAUAACAGAAGAAUAAUCUGUUUAAACCAACUAAUUCUGUCUCAUUGUCAUCCGAAUACAACAGCUUUAUUUCUCUAUUUGCCUAAACCAAGUUCAGAUUUAUCAUUAGCUGAUAUUUAUUUGAAUCAAUUGAAUAUACUAACCGAUACGUUACCGCCAACAUUGUUAGCUCAUGGUUUACAUGAGGUCACUUCAGCUGAACUGUAA